AUGGCUGCCUCAGAGCUCGCCGCCAUGAGCAUGAAGCUCCUUAAGCGAGCCGACGAAGAGUCCGACUCCGAGGAGGGCGAUUCUGCUAAGAAGGAGUUGUUCGCGGCAUGGGCGCUCUUCAUCUCGAUCAUGCUGCUCAUCAUCGCAUUCUUGACGAGCUACUUUCUUCAGAUGAAAAAGGUCACCGCGGUCCAUGAGACAGUGAUAUCCAUCUUUGCUGGAAUGGUUGUCGGUCUUACGCUCCUGAUAACGUCGGGCGAUUCGAUUCGAAACCUCAUCAGCUUCGAUUACCAGAUCUUCUUCAACCUGCUGCUACCGCCCAUCAUCUUGUCCUCGGGGUACGAGCUGCAUCAGGCAAACUUCUUCCGCAACAUCGGUACCAUCUUGACGUUUGCCUUUGCCGGUACCUUUCUCUCUGCCGUCGUCAUUGGCUUGAUCUUGUGGCUCUUCACUCAGCUUCCCGGUUCCUUGACAAUCACUUUUGUCGACGCUAUUUCCGUCGGCGCAACUCUGUCCGCUACCGAUCCCGUUACUAUUUUGGCCAUCUUCAACACUUAUAAGGUCGACCCCAAGCUGUACACCAUCAUCUUUGGCGAGUCCAUCCUGAACGAUGCUAUUGCCAUCGUCAUCUUCGAAACUGCCCAGAAGUACAACAAGGGGGAGGCCACUAGUUACGGCCUCGUCAGCUUCUUCGAGGGUACAGGCAUCUUCUUGCUGGUCUUCUUCGCCAGCAUGUUCAUUGGGUUCUUUGUUGGCGUAGCGACUGCCCUCCUGCUCAAGUUCACUUAUUUGCGCCGAACCCCCAAGAUUGAGAGUUGUCUAAUCGUCUUGAUCUCUUACGCCACAUACUUCUUCUCGCAUGGUCUCCAUUUGUCUGGUAUUGUGUCGUUACUCUUCUGUGGUAUCACCAUGAAGCACUAUGCCUAUUUCAAUAUGUCGAGACGCACGCAGCUUACUACCAAGUUCAUCUUCCAGAUUUCGUCACAGCUGUCGGAAAACUUCAUCUUCAUCUACCUAGGCCUGGCUUUGUUCACCGAUAACGCCCUGCAAUUCCAGCCACCCCUCAUCAUUGUCACGAUCCUGGCUGUCUGCGCUGCCAGAUGGGUCGCCGUGUUCCCUCUGUCCAAGGCUAUCAACUGGUUCAUUCGGUACCGCGCCCAGAGACGAGGUAUGGAGGUGGGCGAUGAGCUGCCUUACAACUACCAGGCCAUGCUCUUCUGGGCUGGUCUACGCGGAGCCGUCGGCGUGGCCCUGGCUGCCCUUCUCACUGGCGAGAACUCGUACGCGCUGAGAGCCACUGUGCUGGUUGUGGUUGUGCUUACCGUCAUCAUCUUUGGCGGUACAACAGCGAGAAUGCUUGAGAUUCUUGGAAUCCGAACUGGAGUUGUGGAGGAGAUUGACAGUGAUGAUGAGUUUGAUAUUGAGACCUUUGGCGGUGGUCUCCAGGUUAAGCGCUCCGGGACUGGCAUCGGCUAUAACCCGCGCAGGAACGGCAGCGUCGCCCUCAGUGCCUUGGAGGCGGGUCAGUCGGCUAGCUACGUAUCUGGUGCCUCUUCACCACAUACUGGAGCUCGGCCUGCGAGCAAGAGCCGGAAGAACUCGAUGCGUUAUCCGGAUGAGCUGGAGCGCUCUGAUCUCCUCCGCGCCGAUGAUUCUGACAUUGGCAGCGACAUUGACACGUCUGACCUCCCGCCGCCAGCACGCCGCUCGCCACACCCGCGAGCUAGUCCUGCUCCCCCAUCGCGGCCUGAUAGCGCAUUCGCUACUCCCACGACAGAGACGCCGGGAGGCCAGCCUAUCACGGCAACCGGUGCCAUCAGACAGCUCUGGGCCGCCGAAGACCCUGCCAGCGUAUUCCACCAGCUGGACGAGGACUUCAUCAAGCCCAAGCUGCUUCUACAGGGCGACAGCUCACGGGGCGGUAAUGGUGGGCCGAGUUGA